UUGGACUUUCAGCCAGGCCGCAUUGUUUCACGACCGCCAUUACUCCUUUCUUCCCAGCCAUGGAGAGGAGAUUCGGCAGGAACGAUGAGAACAACGUUCCCGACUUGACGGACUUCAUAAACGACAUGUUCUUCGGGACGAUUAAGGUGGAGAAGAAAGAGUACAACCUUACCGGCGACAAUAAUAAUCGCCGUCAAGAAAGCGAGGAGUUUUACGAUUCGGGGUCUGUUAAAGCCUGCAAUGCCCCCCGCAAGGGAACGCCGCGUUUCGUGAAUGAUCACAGUCGCGGAGAAGAAGAUUACUUCGAUUCCAGCACGCGGUCUAGCCGGCGGCGGGCUAGCGCCGCCGGCAGGGAAGCACGUUACACCAGAGCGGGGCUGAUAGAUGAUGAGGAUGAGGAUUUUGAGUCUAGCACGAGGAGUGUGAGCAGUAGGCUAACGCAGGAUUGGCUAAAGGAAGCUAAAAGAAUGGUGGCUAAUUCGUCGUCGUCCCCGGGGCGUGAGUCUCCGGGGAGACUAGUUGGCUCCCCGAGGUUUGCAACUGUUCAAGGGAGGCUUUCUGUUUCAUCUAACACUGAAAAGAGGGACUCCUUCUCUAGAUCUGCUAGAAGAGGUAGAACAGUGGACGGCUUCAGUGAAGAAAUUCUGAUCAAGUCAGGCAAGCAUAGCCGGAACAAAUCCGAAACCCCACUGGACCAGUCAUCACCGGAUUCCCCUUCAACGGCGAUCCACAAGUGGUUUUCCGGCAUCCUCAAACCACCCAAUAGCACCAUUUCCAUUCCCGACAGCCCCCCCGCCGGCGACCACUCACCUUCAAGCCCGAACCUAGCCCUCCCGCCCCGCCAAUCAACGCUCAGAAAGUCCCGAUUCCAAAAUGCAUCUCAUCAGACAACCAAUCAACUCCCAUCCAAGCGAACUUUUAAACCUCCCGCCUUUACAAACGCCCUUCCCGAUGAUCCGGCGGUCGUCUCUCCACCCAAAAAUUUCUUCGAUUCGUCUCGCAGGGGAUCGAUCUCCUCGGCUCCCAACGACAAGAUUCUGUCCCCGCCGAGAAAACUGGUGGAGUCUGUUCACCGGAGAUGCAUAUCUGCGUCCACUUGCUCCAUGGACAAGAUAUACCGAAAGAACGGAGAGGAUAAUAGUGUCCAGCUUAAGGAGAAAAGCACGGAGGAGGGUGAAGAAUUGAACGGGUUCUUGAGGGAUCAGAGGCAAAAAAUUGGAAUGAUUUUGAACAGAGAGAUUGAUUUGAAGGCCAGGAUUGUGCUGUCAGGACAUUCAAACAGUACAAGUUCAAUGGUGGCAGCAAUAUGCUAUGCAAUGUUGUUGGAGAAUAGAAGGAGGGCUAAUAAUGAGAGAGAUGAAAGUAGAGAUUGUGAGGUGGUAGUGCCUGUGAUGAACAGUACAAGGGCGAAUAUGUGGAAGCAACACCAGGCGGCUUGGCUAUUUCACCACGUUGGCCUUGAUGUCAAGGCUUUGUUCUUUUUUGAUGAGGUGGAUUUGGAAACGUUAACAGAGUCUAAACAAGUGAUCAUCCAAGUCUUAGGGGAAGAUGUCCUAAAAACCAAUGGAGAGGUUGUGUCUGAAUGCACUGUUCUUACAGACAACUAUUGUGAGGAAGCUUAUGAUCUGCUUCAAACCCCUAUGCUGAAAAAGCUAUUGCUUGCAGGUAUACUUUUAGACACACGAAACUUGAUGAUGUUGUCUGCUGCUAAGGUGCCCAUGAAAACCAGAGACGCAGAAGCUGUGCAGCUUCUCACGGUUGGCAGUGCCCCUGAUUAUAGAAACACACUUUUUGAUCAGUUAAUGCAAGAUCACAAUGAUAAUAAAAGUUUCAAUGAAGCUCUACAGAAGAGUUAUGGGGAGCCUCCCGCCGAAGGUAACCAUAACGAAGAAGCAUUGGAGCAACAGGUUUCAGUGAAGAACUCUAAUCGUCGUAAAUCAAAGUCCGAUAAAAGUUGUAGUGACACAAAGAAUUCAAGAAGUAGCAAAGCGUCAUCUAACACAGCAGGGAAACCAACGCCGUCGCCCAAGGAGGUUACUGCCCCAACACCACCAAAGGCCGCCGUCGAUCCGCCUCGUCCGAAGAACAGAUUCUUUUUGGCAAAAUGGUUUGGAUUUGGAUCAAAAUGAUUAAUUAGCAUUUAAGUUAGUACAAAUUUGCAUAUUUAAUUUGUGUGUCAUUAAUUUAGUUUGUGUGUCAUUUAAGU